AUGUACAAUGCCUAUGUAUGCGUAACACUUGAUAGCUUUACAAUUGGACGUUUCACUUCGUAUCUGCAUGAUGGCUGCCCGGAUGGUUAUAUGCAGAUCGCCGAAUCGGCUCGAACUCCCAUCGGUGGCAUGUGGUGUGGCACUUCGUGGGGGCCAGUGCUAUUCUACAGCGAAACCAGAUCAUUGAUUUUCACAAUCAAAUUAAAUAAAUUGGCGCGGGAUCAGAGCGGUUACAAUUUCGACUUUCGCAUCAGAUACAAGGUUUUGUCGAAGGACAGCUCGGUAACUCGCUAUGGCGGCAUCAAGCUUGAAGAGCUACGCCAUUGGCACAAUCGCAGCAGCUUUCAAAAUCAAAAUGCAAUCGAAGAUUUUACCAAUUCCAGCGGCGCACAUUCAGAUCGUUACGGAGAGGAUUUCAGCUUGUUCAGCGCCUAUGCCAAUAAUAAAACUUUUACGAAUUCACUACAACGCGCAGUCGACAGAGAUGAGCACAACUACACCGAGCCAAAAUACUAUUUGGGCGAUCUCAUACCUGGCACUUAUUGCUCGCGCAUCUUCAGCGAUUGUGACAAGAAGGCGUGUCGCUUGCAAUCGCCCAACUAUCCGGGCAUCUAUCCGCGCAACCUCACCUGCUACUAUGCGGUGCGACAGGACUAUGUGACCGUCUACGAUGGCUACACCACACGUGACCCAAUUGUAUUGAAAUUUUGUGGCGGCGGACAAGCAGUACCGUCAGCAGUUUCUAGUGGACCAGAGUUGUUGGUGGAAUUUACUACAUCGCCUUUUGGCACAUUUACGGGCACAUCUUCACAAGUGCUGCCACUCUACGGCUUUCAAUUGGAUGUCGAGGUAAUUUUCGUCGACAUAAUGAGCCCGACCUAUUCGAAAAAUAAAAAGCCUUGCGAAUUUUGGAUACGCGGCGCUGGUCGGGGAAUACUUGAGAACCCUAAACAUUCGUUGUCGCCUAACACCACCUGUCUUUAUCAUUUACAAGGCAUGGGUGUCUUCAAGACCUUCGAUCACUUGAGCUUGUCACGUCGCACCAGCGCUCAGGGCAUGAGUCAGCCACUUUCACGUUUUAAAGUGUGGAUCUCAAUGAUGAAAUUCAAUUUGGAUCCCGAAUUUGGGCAAAUCGAUGAGACCUCUGUGGGCGCGAUUGGUGUACUACAAACGCAUGAGGAUUGUACUGGCAUGCUACGUAUCUGGGAUGGUGCAUUGAGGGAUCCACCCGCAUGUAAGGAUCUCAAUUGCGCAAGCGACACGCCCUCCCAUCCGGUGCUCACGCAUUACACGCAGAAUUCCACCAAUGUUAUUGCACGUUUCUGCCGUGGUACCAUACCGCGCACCUGCGAUCGUUCCAACAUCAACGAGACCUACGCGCGACCCUGUACGAUUUCUGAAAGUUAUGUGUCGAGCAGCGACAGCAUUACGUUGGAGCUUAAGAACACUGAGUCAACUGUGCUGCGGUGUGUAGAAAUGGAAAAUGUUACUUAA